GCUGGACCAUCACCUCCUCACUUCCAUUCUGACUACAGUCUGUCGUUCCGAUUCCAUACCAGAGGGGCUCAGGAUGCUGUUGCUGGGAGCUGUUCUACUGCUAUUAGCUCUGCCCAGUCAUGGCCAGGAUACCACGACUCAAGGGCCCGGAGUCCUGCUUCCUCUGCCCAAGGGGGCCUGCACAGGUUGGAUGGCGGGCAUCCCAGGGCAUCCAGGCCAUAAUGGGGCCCCAGGCCGUGAUGGCAGAGAUGGCAUCUCUGGCGAGAAGGGUGAGAAAGGAGAUCCAGGUCUUAUUGGUCCUAAGGGAGACAUUGGUGAAACUGGAGUACCCGGGGCUGAAGGUCCCCGAGGCUUUCCGGGAAUCCAAGGCAGGAAAGGAGAACCUGGAGAAGGUGCCUAUGUAUACCGCUCAGCAUUCAGUGUGGGAUUGGAAACUUACGUUACUGUCCCCAACAUGCCCAUUCGCUUUACCAAGAUCUUCUACAAUCAGCAAAACCACUAUGAUGGCUCCACUGGUAAAUUCCACUGCAACAUCCCUGGGCUGUACUACUUUGCCUACCACAUCACAGUCUAUAUGAAGGACGUGAAGGUCAGUCUCUUCAAGAAGGACAAGGCUAUGCUCUUCACCUAUGAUCAGUACCAGGAAAAUAAUGUGGACCAGGCCUCCGGCUCGGUGCUCCUGCAUCUGGAGGUGGGCGACCAAGUUUGGCUCCAGGUGUAUGGGGAAGGAGAGCGUAAUGGACUCUAUGCUGAUAAUGACAAUGACUCCACCUUCACAGGCUUUCUUCUCUACCAUGACACCAAUUGAUGACCACUAACUCAGAGCCUCCUCCAGGCCAAACAGCCCCGAAGUCAAUUAAAGGCUUUCAGUACAGUUAGGAAGUUGAUUAUUAUUUAGUUGGAGGCCUUUAGAUAUUAUUCAUUCAUUGACUUGUUCAUUCAUUCAUUCAUCAAGUAACUUUACAAAAAUCAUAUGCUAUGUUCCCAGUCCUGGGGAGCUUCACAAACGCGACCAGAUAACUGACUAGAAAGAAGUAGUUGACAAUGCUGUUUUGUGCCCACUGUCUCUCCUGAUGCUCGUAUCAAUCCUGUAAGGCACAGGGAACAAGCAUUCUCCUGUUUUUACAGAUUGAGUCCUGAGGCUGAGAGAGUUAAGUGAAUGUCUAAGGUCACACAAGUAUUAAGUGACAGUGCUAGAAUCCAAACCCAGAGCUGUGGACUUUGUUCACUAGACUGUGCCCUUUUAUAGAAGUACAUGUUCUCUUUGGAGUGUUGGUGGGUGUCUGUUGCCUGCCUCACCUGAGAGCCAUUGAAUUUGCCUUCCUCAUGAAUUAAAACCUCCCCCAAGCAGAGGUCCCUCAGAGAAAGUGGUUCUAUGAUGAAGUCCUGUCUUGGAAGGACUACUACUCAAUGGCCCCUGCACUACUCUACUUCCUCUUACCUAUGUCCCUUCUCAUGCUCUUCCCUCCAACUGGGAAAGCCAACUCCAUCUCUAAGUGCUGAACUCAUCCCUGUUGCUCAAGGCCACCUGGCCAGGAGCUUCUCUGAUGUGAUAUCCGCUUUUUUUUUUUUUCUGGCGGGGGGAUGGAGUCUCACUCUGUCACCAAGGCUGGAGUACAGUGACAUGAUCUCAGCUCACUGCAGGCUCCUUCUCCUGGGUCCAAGCAAUUAUUGUGCCUCAGCCUCCCGAGUAGCUGAGACUACAGGCACAUACCACCACACAUGGCUAAUUUUUGUAUUUUUAGUAGAAAUGGGGUUUCGUCAUGUUGGCCAGGCUGGUCUCGAACUCCUGGCUUAGGUGAUCCAGCCGCCUCGACCUCCCAAAGUGCUGGGAUUACAGGCGUGAGCCACCAUGCCCAGUCGAUAUCUCACUUUUUAUUUUGCCAUGGAUGAGAGUCCUGGGUGUGAGGAACACCUCCCACCAGGCUAGAGACAACUGCCCGGGAAGGACUGUGCUUCCUUCACCUCUGAAUCCCUUGCAGAUCCUUGAUAAAUGCCUCAUGAAGACCAAUCUCUUGAUCCCCACAUCUACCCAGAAUUAACUCCAUUCCAGUCUCUGCAUGUAACCAGUUUUAUCCACAGAAACAUUUUCAUUUUAGGAAAUCCCUGGUUUUAAGUAUCAAUCCUUGUUCAGCUGGACAAUAUGAAUCUUUUCCACUGAAGUUAGGGGUGACUGUGAUUUUCAGAACACUUAAAGAAUUUUCCACCAGGAAGGUAGCUUGAGCCUGAAAUGCAAAACACAUGGAGGAAUUCUGAAGCCAUUCUCCUCUUGAGUACCAACAGGGUCAGGGAAGACUGGGCCUCCUGAAUUUGUUCUUUAAGAAUUACAGGUUGAGGUAGUUGAUGGUGGUAAACAUUCUCUCAGGAGACAAUAACUCCAGUGAUGUUCUUCAAAGAUUUUAGCAAAAACAGAGUAAAUAGCAUUCUCUGUCAAUACAUAAAUUUAAAAAACUAUUUUUUUGCUUACAGUUUUAAAUUCUGAAUAAUUCUCUCUUAUAUGUGUAUUGCUAAUCAUUAAGGUAUUAUUUUUUCCACAUAUAAAGCUUUGUCUUUUUUUUUUUUUUUUUUUUAAGAUGGAGUUUCCCUCUGUUGCCAGGCUGGAGUGCAGUGGCAUGAUCUCAGCUUACUGCAACCUUUGCCUCCCAGGUUCAAGCGAUUCUCCUGCCUCAGCCUCCCGAGUAGCUGGGAACACAGGUGCCCGCCACCAUGCCAGGCUAAUUUUUGUAUUUUUAGUAGAGACGGGGUUUUACCAUAUUGGCCAGGCUGGUCUCGAACUCCUGAUCUUGUGAUCUGCCUGCCUCUACUUUUGUUGUUAUUUUUCGAGAAAGAUAGAAAUGAGGUGUAGAGAGGGAUGAAGAGGUGAGAGUAAGCCUUGUGUUAGUCAGAACUCUAUGUUGUGAAUGUCAUUCACAACAGAAAACCCAAAAUAUUAUGCAAACUACUGUAAGCAAGAAAAAUAAAGGAAAAAUGGAAACAUUUAUUCUUUUGCAUAAUAGAAAUUACCAGAGUUGUUCUGUCUUUAGAUAAGGUUUGAACCAAAGCUCAAAACAAUCAAGACCCUUUUCUGUUUGUCCUUCUGUUCUGCCUUCCGCAGCGCAGGCUUUACCCUCAGGCACUGCACAGUAUAGUUCUAGGGUUUCCCUCCUGAUAUCAAAAAGACUGUGGCCUGCCCAGCUCUCGUAUCCCCACACCACACCAUCUGGCUAAAUGGACAUCAUGUUUUCUGGUGAUGCCCAAAGAGGAGAGAGGAAGCUCUCUUUCCCAGAUGCCCCAGCAAGUAUAACCUUGCAUCUCAUUGCUCUGGCUGAGUUGUGUGCCUGUUUCUGGCCAAUCACUGAGUCAGGAGGAUGAAAUAUUCAUAUUGACUUAAUUGCAGCUUAAGUUAGGGGUAUGUAGACGUAUUUUCCCCAAACCAAAAUUGGGACACUGUUAUCAGAAGUAGGAGAGUGGAUGAUAGGUGCAAAAUAAUACCUGUCC